AUGAAGAUGUCCUCGGGAAUGAAGGCCAUUGGGGUUCUCGUGGUCUUUGCCUCCUGCCAUAAUGACUUCUGGCAGUUUCAGAGGAUGGUCAAGUACAUCACAGGGCGGAGCGCCUUCUUCUCAUAUUACGGAUAUGGCUGCUACUGUGGCCUUGGGGGCAAAGGGACCCCCGUGGAUGACACUGACAGGGGAGGAAGCCCCUCACCCUAUGAGAAGCUGAAGCAAUUCGGCUGCUAGCCUGUGCUGAACAGCUACCAGUUCCACAUCGCCAAUGGGUCUGUGGCCUGUACAUGUGCCCUCGGUCCCGGCGUCAGCUGUCUUUGUGGGCUGCGGGCAUGUGAGUGUGACAAGCAGUCUGCAUACUGCUUCAGAGAGAGCCUGCCCACCUACAAGAAAACCUUCAAGCAGUUCUCCACCCGGCCCCACUGUGGGAGGCGUAAACUCCAGUGCUAGGCAGCCACAGGCCCCUGGCCGGUCAGCAUGUGUUCCGGAGUCACCCUCCCGGGAAGCCUUCUCAUGCCGUCCCCAACAGGCUCCAAUGGUGGCUGCAGCCACCAUUCAGCACAGGGCCUAGGGUACUCCUUCGUCACUCGACACCAGAGGGCUGCAGACCAGCAAUGGAAAAGAUAAGACCCUGGCAUGUGAGGGAGGGAGACUGCCCGUUCACAUGUACACAAAUAAAUGACGCUUUCUGAUAGUAGUAAGUGCUAAGAAGCAGUACCGCAAGGUGACAGGGUAGAGAGAUGUUCCCAACCCCCAUCUGGGAAUUCCCAGGAGGGCAGAGGACCCAGGAUCUGCCCUAAACUCCCCCUCCGCCCCCACCCCAAAAUCAGGAUGCAGGGCGGACUUGGGAGUGGGGCACACGACCCAGAUCCAGCCGGGGACAGAGCAGGGACCCUGCAAAACAGGGAUCCAGCCAAGGAUCCGAGAAGCAUGCUUUGGACUUUUUUCUCAUUUGCUUGGGUUCUGCUCUCUGAAAUCCCUCUGGUGGCAAAAAUUAAGGCCACUUUCACCUCUCAAGAGACAGAGCGUGAGAACAGCCACAUCCAGUCCACGUGGAUGUCGGGGCCAGGAAGACGUCAAAAAGUUGGGGAAAGAUGGCCUCGGAAGAGUGCGUCAGAGGGACCCGAAAUUUCCAUCCAAGUUCAGGAGGCCCUGGAGAUAUCAGACUCCGAUGCUAACGAACACCAAAGUCGCCUGACGUGGGCGGAUUCUGUUCUUUGUCACACCCACGUGGCGUGGUAGGUUGCAAAAUCGGCCGCACAGCUGUCCUCUCUGGAGGCUAUGCCUCUCUGUAUCCUCGCCUCUCGUGGAGGAACGUUUCCCAUCAGGAAGUAGAGUCUGCUCCUCCCAGUGGUUGAAUCUAAACUCUGUGCUGACCUCGUGAAUUACUUUGGUCGACGGAACGCAGUGGAACGUACGAAUGGUCGGUCCGCCAGUUCCGAAGCCCAGGCCUCAGCAGGUCGGGUCUCAGGACACCUGGCGCUGCUGAGAACAAGCCUGGGCUGACCCGCUGGCAGACGGGGCCCAGAGUGUCAGUCCGGCUGUCUCAGCUCAGACCUCAGACAUGUAAAAGCACCCAGCCAAGGUCAGGCACGCCCACUCAUUGCCGACCAUGACCCACGAGAGAAGCUAGCUGGAACCAAGGCAACCGCCCAGCUGACCCCGGGCUAAGUGGCCGAUUGCAGAAGUGUGAGCUGCAUAAAGGCUGCCGUUUUAAGUCA